AUCCUGUUUUUAACUCACUGUUCUAAAAAAGGUAGAAAAGAAAAGAAAUAAGGGAAUUCAACUCUCAACUCUCGUGUGCUUUCUUCUUCCGUGAUAGCUGAGAGAAUCAGAUAACCCCCCAAUCCGCUAGCUACAUCAACCAGGUAUUUGCAUAAUUUCAAAAAUUCUGGUAGAUCACUUAAUUUCCACGGUAAAUGUUGAUAUGGACUGAUCAAGUGGCGUGUUUUAUUCACGUGGGCAACUUAGUGGCAUUUCGUUAGAGAAGGGAUAUUUUUGAGCUAAAAAAUAAAUGAAGAGGGAUAAAAAAAAUGAAUUGGAUUCAACGGAAAAUAUAUUUAUACAAUGUCACUUUUGGUUUAUACAUGCUCGAUUGGUGGGAACGUUGUCUCUUCAAUAUUUUGGUGCUUGUGUUGUUAUGGUUUAUGUGUUACAACGGAUUUCGAUUUGCUUCCGACCUCUUCAAUAGGAGGCAAAUGUGGUGAAAGAUCAUCAGCUGUGUCGAGCGUUAUUCUUGGCCCAUAACUAAGCAAUAUGUAUGCCUCUUUUGGUGUUUAACUUGUAAGGUUGUUGAAAUUGUUUGUUGUGCCAUGGAUAUAGGUGGCUUUGUAUGAAUUCAUCUUAUCAGAAAAGCACAUUGCUGUUCUUUUCUUAUUCUUUAUCAGUAGAUGACACUUGACGUAAUAGUUCAAAUGAUCAAGCAGAGAUUCAAGUUGGAACUUUUAAAUUGUUGUGAUGAAUGCUUUGAAAUUAUCUUAUCAAUUUGUGAAGGUUUUUCUUCU